AUGCACAGCAAGGACUGUGUCAAAGUGGCCGUCAGAGUCCGGCCCUUCAACAAGAGAGAGCGGGACGCAGGCAGCCGAUGUAUUGUCUCCAUGGUGUCGAGCUCCAUCACCAUCCAGGACCCUCGUGAAUCCCAGAGCCGUCGCUCGUUUUGUUUCGACUACGCCUACUGGUCCCACAGCGGCUUCACAAGAGACCGCGGGGGCCUCUAUGUCCCAGAGGAGCCGGGGGGGCGAUAUGCCGACCAGGACAGUGUGUUCCAGGACCUGGGAGAGGGAAUACUGGAGAAUGCACUGCAGGGUUACAAUGCCACUCUGUUGGCCUAUGGGCAGACCGGCUCAGGGAAGAGUUACUCCAUGGUGGGCUACGGGCCUAACAAAGGCCUGGUUCCUAAACUCUGUGACCGGCUGUUUCAGUCCAUUAGAGAGAACCAGGACACCAGACAGUGCCAGGUCUUUUUCAGCAUGUUGGAGAUCUAUAAUGAGCAGGUGGUUGACCUGCUUUCUCGGGGGACUCGUACUCCAGGGGGGCUCAGGGUCAGAGAGGAGCAGCAAAGAGGCUUCUAUGUGGAGGGUCUCCGGACCAUCCCCUGUGACAACGCAGUGCAGGUGGAGCAGCUGAUGGAACAGGGGACCAGGACCCGGACAACUGCUGCCACUCACAUGAAUGCCAAUAGCAGUCGCUCACACAUGCUCAUUAUCCUGCAGCUCAAACAGAUCUUUUCAAAAGAGAGCAUCACAAAGCAGUCCAACAUCAACUUGGUGGAUCUGGCUGGCAGUGAGCGUCAGAGGUCGUCGGGGUCGGAGGCAGACAGACUGAAAGAGGGCACGGCCAUCAACCUGAGCCUCACCACUCUGGGAAACGUUAUCAGCUCCCUCGCUGACGUGGCGGUGGGGAAGAAGGUCGUCCACAUACCGUACAGAGACUCAGUCCUCACCAAACUGCUGCAGUCGGCACUGGGAGGCAACAGUCGCACUGUCAUGAUUGCCACGCUAAGCCCUGCUGAUAUCUGCUAUGAGGAGUCGCUCUCAACCCUGCGCUACGCUGAGAGGGCAAAGCGUAUCCAGAACAGAGCUGUGGUGAACGAGAGCCCCACUGAGCGUCUGGUUAAAGAGCUGAAGGCCGAGAAUGCCAGACUGCUGCAGAGACUGGGUCGGCUGGGCCAGGAGGGACGCAGAGCCAACGAUGAGACCAAGGAGCUUCGCCAGCUGCUGACCCACAACGAGCUCCAGAUCAGAGCCAUUCAGACUCUGUGGGAACAACACCUGCAGGAGGCGCUGAAGGACUGGGAGCAACAGUAUGCUAACAUCACACAGGAGCGGAGGAUGAUGCAGAUGCAUCCCUACAUUCUGAACAUCAACGAGGAUGCUCAGCUGUCGGGCGUGGUGAAGCUUUUCAUUCAGGAGGGUGAAUGGGACAUCGGCCUGUGUGACUCAACCCCAAAAUACAUCUCCAUCAAGGGCUUAGGGAUCCAGGAGCGUCAUGCUGUGUUCAGGAAUGAGCAGCGCCGAGUAACACUGACCCCAUUGGAAGGGUCAAAGGUCAUUGUCAACGGCAACACUGUUUCCCAGACUACUGAGCUGCAGCAUCUGGACCGUCUGAUUCUCGGCUCUAACUGCACCUACCUGUUCAUCGGUUUUCCGUCUGAGAGAGGCGGGGACGACUGGAGUCGCUACGACUAUGACUACUUCCAGUCUGAGCUGGCUGCUGCUGAAGGCAUCCACCUGGUUGAGUCCAGCACCGGCUCCAGUCAGACAGACCCCAGUCUGCUGGCCGUCUUCUACGACUACAUCAAACUGAUGCCCAUGGUGGCCGAGGCCAACCAGAUGAGCCAGGAACUGAACAAGGGGGUUGAGUUUAAGUUGGAAAUCAAGAAUCUGGCGCUGUCAGAUUCAAAAGGCCAUGAUCUGAAGAAGGAGAUUGUUGUCAGAGUCACUGCUGUGGGAAGAAAACAGGUAUGGAUGUGGUCGAAGACCAAGUUUGUGAACCGUAAAUUCCUGAUGGAAGACGCCUACCAGCGGCAUCAGGCUGAGAGGAGCAGAGACAAUAUAGCAGAGGGUCUGUCUACAGCUGCGUUACCCAGAGAUAAAGACCCUUUCUGGGAUCCUGUGGAGCCUCUGCUCCUGGGCACGGCUCACCUCUGGCUUCAGUCCCUGGCCUUCCGCAUCCCUCUGGAGGAGCAGCUGGAAGUGCUGGGGUCAGAGGGCACAGAGGAGGCUAUAUUACAAGCUCAGCUGGUUCCCUGCACCUCCACAGGACUCGCUCUGGGUGAAGAUGAGAUCCUGAUCGACCCUACGGAGUUACUGGGUCGACGUCUGGACUUCCAGCUGUUCCUGGAGCAGUGCUGUGGCCUCCGCUGGAUCCGAGAGGCCCGCAACAGAGGGGUCCAGAUUGGUUUCAGGUUAUUUGACUGCAGCCAUCCUCUCUACUCUCCGGCCGUGUGGCACAACGUCAACCCUCUGUUGGAUCACAGAGUUCACUUCGCCUCACUCCACACCUCCCAGCAUCUGUUAGAUUACCUGCAGAGCAGCGCCGUGGUGCUGGAGCUCUGGGGCCUUCAAGAGGGUUGUACUGACCUGGUAUCAUCUCUAGAAGGAGUGAGGAUGACUACAGAGGGUAUUAUCAUUGAGGAGGCAGACCCAGUCAACACUGCACCUGUAGACUCUGCAGAGCUCAGCUGUUCAGUGAGAGCUCUUCAGCAGGAUUUGGAGGAACUGAAGAGUGUUAACUCGUCACUGAGAAAAGAAAAUCAUAUUCUGAGAGAACAACUCAACGCUGCCAGGAAUGGUGGAGACGGUGUGCGUGGUCGGUCGGUGCGUCCCAGCUGUGAUGCAGAGUUUGCUCGCGCUCUCAAGGUCUUCUACCACAGCAUGACCUCAGUCAGGGGUCAGCUGCAGCGCCUGCGCAGACACAGGCCCAGUGAGGAGUCCGACCUGCUGGGGUUCAGGCUGUUUGUGGACGAGCAGAGUCGUAUGCUGCGGGAUUUCUCCGAGCAGCUGGAGCAGAGCGUCUCCACGCUCAAACAGGAUGUGGCCGCCAUCGUCCGCCGGAAAAGAGAACGAUCGGGAAUCUGGUCUUGACUGAUUAACCGUUUACAGAUUUGAAGCAUGUUAUUUUAUGUGUGUCAGAUGGGUCACAUCAUUUGAUUGCCUUGUUUUACAGAAGGAGCAGCAGUUCCUUAUUUUCUGUAAAAGGGAAGACAUUCAAGAUUAUUCCACAGGAGUUUAGUAUUAAAAUAAUAACAAGAGCACUUAAGUCUAUAAAACGUUUAUUAGAUUGAAUGUAAAAUAGAUCAGUACAGUCCAAACUGCGAAUAAAUUAAAAGGCAAAUUCAUCUCAAGUUUCAGAA